GUAUGGAAGACUCUCUUGCUUUGUCUCUCUCUUUGCUUGUGAGGGGGGAAAAAAGCAAAGUGAAGGCGAAUCCUGUGACUUCACACUAACGUUUAUGGUACGUGAAAGACAGGUGCGUUGCUUAUCCAUGGAGAUAAACUGAAAGAAAGAAAAAUCACAGAUCACUUUACUGGGAGAGAACUCUGAAGCACUCAGAGUGUUCUGUGUGUGAAAAUAUGUGCUUAACUUAUACUCGGCCUCUAACCACUGAUCUAUAAAUACUGUAUGAUGUGCAUUUUCACCAUUUGUUUUCUUCAAGUGAUUGUUCCAUGUUUCCUGUGCAGACUCGCAGCAUGGCUAAGCGUGUGGCUGUGAUUGGAGCAGGCAGCUCUGGACUGACCUCCAUCAAAUGCUGCUUGGAUGAAGGGCUGGAGCCUGUGUGUUUUGAGAGCAGUGAUGAUAUUGGAGGACUCUGGAAGUUUAAGGAACAACCAGAGGAAGACCGUUGCAGCAUUUAUCGUUCUGUCGUAGUGAACACCUCUAAAGAGAUGAUGUGCUAUAGUGAUUUCCCCAUGCCAGAUCAUUUCCCCAACUUUGUGAACAACUCUAAGUUAAUGCAGUACUUCAGACUCUAUGCCGAGCAUUUUAACCUGCUCAAACACAUUCACUUUCAGACCACAGUUCGCAGUGUGAGACAAAGGCCUGAUUUCUCUAACUCUGGUCAGUGGGAAGUGGUGACCAUGGGCAGAGAUGGACGAGAGGAGACACAUGUGUUUGAUGGUGUGCUAGUGUGUUCAGGACACUACACACAGCCCAUCAAACCCCUCUCAGACUUCCCAGGUAUUGACACGUUCCCAGGGACAAUAAUUCACAGUUGGGAAUAUAAGGACCCUGAUCCUUACCUUGGAAAGAGAGUUGUUGUUCUUGGGAUUGGGAAUUCUGGUGGAGACAUUGCUGUGGAGCUCAGCAGAGCAUGUGAGAAGACAUUCCUGAGUACCCGGAAAGGUGCAUGGGUCAUAGGUCGCGUGGUUGAUAGAGGGCUUCCUCUGGAUAUGAUGAUGGUCAGACGAGUUCGAGAUCUGAUUUACGGCCUCCUGCCUCGAGCUCUGCUCAACUUGAUUUGGGAAAGAAUCCUCAAUCAGGGAUACGACCACAAGCUGUAUGGACUACAGCCUGUAUACAGGAUCCUGGACCACUAUAUUGUUAUAAACGAUGACCUCCCUGGUCGCAUUCUGUUAGGGGAACUGGUGAUCAAAUCAAAUGUGCAGAAGAUCCAAGGCUCGACGAUUGUCUUUGAGGAUGGGACUGUAGAAGAGAAGAUUGAUGCAGUGAUCUUAUGCACAGGAUAUGAUUAUAGAUUCCCCUUCCUCCCCACCUCCUUAAGCUCUGGUUCUAAUGGAGAUCUGAAACUCUACAGAAGAAUCUUCCCUCCAUCUCUAGAACGUCCAACACUGGCCAUCCUGGGCCUGUUUCAGACCAAAGGGUCGAUCAUGCCAGCUGUAGAACUACAGGCGCGCUGGGCCACCAGGGUCAUUGCAGGACUGAACCAUCUUCCUCCAGCUGACAAGAUGGAUAAAGCAAUUGAGAAAGAUGUUCAAGCGAAUUUAAAGAGUUUCCCCUGUCCCAAGCUGGCUGCCCUUCAAGUGGACUACAUUCCUUACCUAGACGCAAUAGCAAAAGAAGUGGGCGUCUCUCCCAACAUUGCUUCACUGCUCCUGACGGACCCUGCUCUUGGUUUGAGGGUUUUCUUCGGGCCGUGUUCUCCGUACCAGUUUCGACUGAACGGACCGGGGCACUGGAGUGGUGCCCGUCAGGCCAUCCUUACCCAGUGGGAUCGUGUGGCCAAACCCAUGAAGACCAGGCCCAUUCCAGAACAUCCAUCCUUCAGUUUAUUUUUCUGGCUGGGCCUGUCAGGAGGGGCUGCAUUGAUUAUUGCUUUAUUGGCAAUGCACAUGAUCCCACGGUUUCUGAAUAGUGAUUAGAUCCCAUAGAUAUAACAAUCUGUUUUUGAGUAGCUCUAUUUUGUGUUUUGCACUUUCACCUAAAUAUUCCCUAAAGGGGUCAUGUGAAGAAAUUUUUAGUGAUGCGCACACAUAUGAGCUUCAAAACUCUGCAUUUGAACGGUCAUUAGCAAAUACUUAAACUAAUAACAAAACACACUUACAGUAGCUGAUUCAGAAGUGCCAGAUUGUCAUAUUAAAGUCAGAAUUAACUCUUAGGUUCAUAAAAUGGUCAUCAUAAAAUGCGUUGCUGUUCUUUAAGUAAUAUUAAAGAUUCCUAAAUGCAUCUACUUUCAGAAGGCCAAAUAAAGUGCUUAUGCUUUGUUCUAGAUACACACAGCA